GUCGCCGCAGUCACUGAAGCAACUGCCGAGGUUUCAGUCAUUUCGCUUCGUUUGAUGCGGCUUUCAUUGUAGCAUCGGGCUUGGCCACACGAUUUUUGAAGCGCAUUGCUGUCGUCUGUUGAACGAUUUCGGUCCCAAAAGCGUUCACAAAUAGUAAACAAGCGCACAUUUUUCUAUACUUACAAUACAUACAUAGGUCCAUAUUUGUAUACACUUAUGUAAUUAUGUACAUGCUUUGUUGAGUGCGUCCAUACUACAUAGUUCGUGUGCUCCGACCUCGUCAUCUUAUCGUUUAUGCACGUUCGUGCUUGUUGAUUUGUUGGUUCUUCGGUUCGUUGGUUUGUUGGUGUAUUUUUUCGCUUGAGAGCUCAUUAACGUUUCGCUUCGCUAAGUGCGCUGUAUCGCCUGGGAGACAGCAACGCGUCAACCCAAGUAAACCGAACAUCGCCAAGGGAAGUUGAGCCAAACCAAGCCAAACAGCCAAAAUCAAAAUUCAUUAAGCUGUGAAAAAGUCUCGAACUUAUAUUUUUUGCUAAUGUUUUUCUUCACCCGUGUCUAUGCGCGCGUGUCAUAGCUGCGCGUACAGGUGUUUGGCUGUGUGUAAGCCAAUGAAAUAAUGUAUCUGAUUAUCUAAAACCACUAAAAUAUCACACUUGGAAAUUAGUGAAUUAUAUAUAUAUUAUAAAAAAUUCCAUUGAAAAAAGCAAAUAAUCAAGAAAAACGUGACAAAUAGUUAAAUUUAAAGUUCAAAAUAAAGUAAAAGUGAAAUUUUUAAAAUUUUGCUGGACACAACGAGAAAAAUUAUACUUAAUCAGUUUAUCUAAAAGCGAAAUUUUUGUGCAAAAAAAUACCCACCGUUAUAUAUAUUUAUAUAAUAUAAAUUAUAUGUAUAUAUGAUAUAUUUAAAAAAGGAUCAACGCCUGAAGAAAUCUUGCCAUCGAAAAUCUCACAGAGUAAUUAAUUGCGCUCCAACAAAUACAGCUACGGCAUUUCCCAUAUAUCAACCUUAAACAGUAUGUGUAAUAAUAACAUAAAUAAACAUAAUAAAAUUUGUAUACCUAUUUUUAAAAUUGCCGCAUCAUAAUAACAACAAUUGAACUCUAUUCUAAAUAUUUGUAAAUUCAAUGAAUGAUAAAAAAUUCAUAACGGGAAUGUUGCAAACUUAGCUAAUAAAAGUAAAACAAAAAGUGUUGAAAUUAUAAUUUAUAUUGAUAUCUUAAACAAUACAUCGAACUAAAACGUGUUGGAAUGUAUAAUAUAGAUCAUAAUUAAAAAUUAAAGUUAUACGUACGCUCAUUUCUCCUUUGCUACAAAAAAUGUGUUAAUGACAAACAUGACCAAUUAUUUUCAACAACAAUAAGCAAACUCGCUUUAAAUGUGCGGUUCUUAACGACAUUUUUAUUGUUAUUCACACUCAUAACCCACGAUAUAAGUAUAGUCAAAAAUAAAAACUUCCGAUGAUGAUGCUAACUACAGAACACCUCAUGCAUGGCCAUGCAUCUUCGGUCAGUCAGAGCGCACUUUUUGGCUGCUCGACGGCAGGGCAUAGCGGCAUUAAUCAGCUUGGUGGCGUCUAUGUCAACGGACGACCGCUGCCAGAUUCGACGCGCCAGAAGAUCGUCGAGUUAGCGCAUUCAGGUGCGCGUCCCUGUGAUAUAUCGCGCAUUCUGCAAGUGUCCAACGGAUGUGUUAGCAAAAUUCUAGGCAGAUAUUACGAGACGGGAUCCAUUAAGCCGCGCGCGAUAGGGGGUUCCAAACCACGUGUUGCUACAACGCCUGUGGUACAAAAAAUCGCGGAUUACAAACGAGAAUGUCCGAGCAUUUUCGCGUGGGAAAUAAGAGAUCGAUUAUUGUCGGAGCAAGUUUGCAAUAGUGAUAAUAUACCAAGCGUUUCUUCAAUAAAUCGGGUUCUACGAAAUUUGGCUUCACAAAAAGAGCAGCAAGCACAACAACAAAACGAAUCGGUAUACGAGAAAUUACGUAUGUUUAAUGGACAAUCAGGAGGCUGGGCUUGGUACCCCAGUAAUACAACACCAGCCCACUUGACCUUGCCACCCACGCCGACAGCAACGAAUUUAACGGGGCAAAUAGUGCGCGAUGAUUUGCCAAAACGCGAUCUAUUCUCAGGUGAAGCGUCGCAUCCCAAUUCUCAUGAAAGUACUUCCGACGGUAAUUCAGAUCACAAUUCAUCCGGUGAUGAGGACUCCCAAAUGAGAUUGCGUCUUAAACGAAAACUGCAACGAAAUCGCACUUCUUUUACAAAUGAGCAAAUCGACAGCCUGGAAAAAGAAUUCGAGAGAACACAUUAUCCAGAUGUAUUUGCACGUGAAAGGCUUGCGGAAAAAAUUGGUUUACCCGAGGCACGUAUUCAGGUAUGGUUUUCGAACCGACGGGCAAAAUGGAGACGCGAAGAAAAACUACGAACUCAACGGCGCUCAGUCGACCAUGUCAGCAAUAAUGGCGGUUCUGUCGGUAGCCGGUCGAGCACCGGCAAUACAGCUGCAAUUGCCGCCGCCGGAGUGGUCAGCAACCAAAGUGGAUCUGGUAUUAAUGGAGUUGGUGGCGUCGGAGUGGGCGGUGGUGCAACCGCCGACAACAAUUCCGCUACCAACAAUGGUAGCGCCGCAGAAGGUUCUAAUGGAGGUGGAACAAGCGCUUCGGCAGCGGCGGCAUUACCAGGAACAAGUGAUGGUGGUGGUGCAGCCAUUUCGACACUGGGUGAUGCAGCAGCCGCAGCUGCGACAGCUGUUGUGGUUGGUGGCCAUGGCAGCUCAGUUAGUCCACCUUUGCAAUCUGUUGCGCCCCGCCUUCCUCUGAAUACUGGUUUCAACACGAUGUAUUCUUCGAUACCACAGCCCAUCGCUACAAUGGCGGAGAACUACAAUUCUAUGACUUCGUCGCUGAGCUCAAUGACGUCAACUUGUUUACAGCAACGCGAUGGCUAUCCAUACAUGUUUCACGAUCCACUUACGUUGGGUUCUGUGCCCUAUGCAGCUCACGCACGACCAUCUUGCAAUCCCGCCGCAGCCCAUCAGCAGCCCCCACCACAGCAUACAUCGGCAUACGGAGGCGGUUCAGCAAGUGCAUCUAGCGGUACAGAUAACCAUACAUUUGCAGGUGUCAUCUCGGCAGGUGUGUCUGUACCUGUGCAAAUACCAGCACAAAGUGCAAGCGAUUUAACCAGCACUAAUUACUGGCCCCGUCUCCAGUGAUCUACACUGUUACUUACUCAGUCGUCAGCCGCAUCAGUAGCCAACGUCGGAACAGGUCAGUCGUCAGUUGGUUCUCUAUCCGGUUCGCCUCGCCCAGACAUUACUGUUUCUGCUGCGGCUGCCGCAGCAGCUGCGGUGGCAAACGCAGCCGCCGCAACGUCCGUUGCUGCAGCAGCAGCCGCGGCAGCUGUUGCUUCUGCGGCUAUAACCGCGAGCGCUAAUGCAGUAAGCGGCAGCAGUGGUGGCUUUGUCAGCAUAGGCACACCUUCACCUGUCGGCAGCAAUGCAAGCAGCAGUCAUAGUACGUUCAGUGGUUGCAACACCGGCGGCGGACUAGAAGUCAAUGCAAGAGCAGCAAUAGUAGAAGCGACAAAUAACACAAUUGACGAGUUCAAUGAGAACGAAACUAUCGGCCCGGGUACAAGAACAUCGGCAGAAACCAUUUUGGCAACACCACCACCUACACUGAUGCUAACUGUUCAACAACAACAACAGCAAGACAUACAAAGAGUAAUGCAGCAACAACAACACCAUCACUAUUCACAUCCCCAUUACAGCCAUCAUGUGCAUGGUCACCACCACCAAUAUCAACAGUUACACCAUUUGCAUCAACAUCAGCAAUAUCUAAGCGUUCAUGCAGCACAACAGCAACGACACCCACAAAUGCAGUCCCACAAGCAGCAGCAAAAUCAAAUGCAAACGGUUUUACAACAUCACCCACAUUCGCUGCUGCAUGCACAUCCACAACAGCAGAAUGAACCGCACUCUUACCACUAGCGAUAAAUGAACAAUUAUAAAAAACAGGAUACGUGAACCUCUUACUUAUACAUAUUUUGUCGGCCUUCGAUUCGCCAAAACUUAGAUAGUGGCGAAUCGAUCAAACGACUAGUAUAAUCAAAUAUAGAUAGUAAGAAGGAGAUUAUACCACAUAAAGAGCUAUCGACAUACUAGCUGCUAAUAAAUUCUUGGCUUGAGAACUUUGUUAUUGCAUUCACUGAGCAAAAAAGUUUACGUACAAGGCGUUUUUGUGAAGAAACUCAAUGAAGUCUAUCCUUUCUUAUUCAUAAAAAAAACGGAAAUUGAUUAUAUUAAAUUUUAAUCAUACAUACUCGUAUAUUCACAAACAUAAGUCUUUUCUUAUUUUCUAAAGUAAUAAAAAAGACAAGGAUAAAAAACAAAAAAAAAAAAGGAACUUCAAUUUUCAAUACAAAAAAGUUUACGUACAUUUUUAUACUCUCGCAACAUGUUGCUACAGAGUUUAAUAGUUUUGUUCACCUAACGGUAGUUUGUAUCACCUUAAACUAAUCGAGUUAGAUAUAUGAUCAGGAUGAAGAGACGAGCUGAAAUCCGGGUGACUGUCUGUCCGUCCGUCUGAGCACGCUGGAACUUGAGUAAAAAUUGAGAUAUCUUUAUAAAACUUGGUACACAUAUUUCUUGGUACCGUAAGACGGUUGGUAUUGCAGAUGGGCGUAAUCGGACCAAAGCCACGCCCAAAAAACGCCAUUAAUCAAAAACAAAUAAAUUGCCAUAACUAAGCCCCACAAUAAGAUACAAGACUGGUAAACAGGAUCACAUUAGGGAGCGGCUUCUGCGGUUUAAACUUUUUUUAAAAGUGGGCGUGGUCCUACCCCUAACAUAUUAAUUGUGCAUGUCUCCUAAACCACUAAAGCUACAAUAACAAAAUUCUUUUAGCACCUCUAUCGACAGUCAGGACGAAAUGGGUGAAAUCAAGUGACAACCCCGCCCACUCCCCAUAUAACGGUACUGUUAAAAACUACUAAAAGCGCGAUAAAUCAAGCACUAAACAAGCCAGAGACAUUACAUUUUAUCUCUGGGAUGGUAUAAGAUGAUUCUAUAGGAACCACGUUCAAAAUUAGAUAGUGGGCGUGGCACCGUCCACUUUUAGGUGAAAACCCAUAUCUUGGGAUCUGCUUAACCGAUUUCAACAAAAUUCGGUACAUAACAUUCCUCUCAUAUUUCUAUGGUAUAGUACGAAAAUGGGCGAAAUCGGAUUACAACCACGCCUAUUUCCCAUAUAACAUCCUUUUAUAUUCCAUCUGAUUUUUUUACUUUUCAGUAUGCAAAUCAAGCAACAAUGAUUAUAUCGGCGUAAAACUUUGCGUGAAUAAUAAGUAUGCCCCCUUGUGACCAAAAAUUAAACUCCAACCAAAACCAAAACUCUUCAAGCCCCUAGGUACAGAAUAUGUGGACCUCAGUGCCCAUAGUUGACUUUUUACCGAAAAUAUCGGUCAACAAGGCGGCAAGAUCCACAAAGAAAUCUAAAACGAGUAUACCAUUUGACUUUGCGAGAGUAUAAAAUGUUCGGUUACAUCCGAACUUAGCCUUGUUUUUUUUUUUUUGUUUUUUUGACAAUAUUCAUUGUACGAAAAAAAUCUUGCGAUCACGGUUUCUUUUAGUUGGAUUUUCAGACCAUGAAUAUUUGAGGAAGUUGAAUACGUAAGCUUAUUUUGCUCACUUUAUAUUACUUGAGAAGAGGACAGAGCUGAAACUCGAAGACGGCUGUAAUAUCAUGACAGGAUGUAAAAUGUUUAGUAUAAAUAUCGUAAAUCGAAAGUGUACAGGUAUAUUCAUUUGUACAUAUGUAUGGGUAUUUGUACUUGCAGACAGACACUUUGAAGUAUAGGUAAAACAUAAAAAACAUCUUCGUUUAAACAACAAGACCGAAUAGAGCUGAAUUGCAGGAAGGGGGAAUAGGGUUUAUUUGUGUAAAACAAGGCAAAUUUUUAAGAUUUUUUAUUGAUGAAACAAUUAAAAUCUAUUUUUAAAACCAAUAGUACAAUGUAGUAUGACAUUUGAAUGAUAUUCUGUUAAAUUUUCAUGAGAAAAUUUCGAUUUAGAUCUUGAAAUAAAAAAAUUAAAAUUAUGUCAUUAGAUAAUAGCUUUGCCCAGGCAAUGCUGGGAAGGUUUUCGAAAUUUCAAAUUUUCACUUUUGAAGGAAAAAGACGAUUUUUUGCGAAAAAAUCGACUAAUUUGUUUUUGUAAAAUGAAAAAUAUUAACAAAUUUUACAAAAAAUAACCCUCCAGCGCUAUCUCGUAAUUUAUGUAUCGAAAUAGUGUGCAAAAUUUCAAAACGAUCGGUGCAGUGGCUUUGAAGUAGUGACUGGCAUCGACUUUGAAAUCGUGAGCUGUUGAGAAAACGCUUUAAAAUUUUGAAACCUGAUGUAAACCGUUUAUAAGACCGGCAUCAAAACAUUCGUAACUUUGUCAAUUUUGCUCCAAUCGACUUUGACACAUUCUCUGGGCUGCCGAGAGAAAAACCGGGCCCAGGGGUAAAUACCUCUGGUGCCUUAAAAACUUUAUUAACUAUCUUCCCACUUACUACAUUAAUUUUUUGAAGAAUAAGUCAAAUACGACGUAGUGUUUCAUGCUCUGAUUACAUUUUCAAUCAAUUUGAUUUCUUGUUGAUGUUGGGUGGAACAAAUUUGUUUGGUACGAUUUUGAAAAUCAAUAAUCUAGAAAUCAGUACAUACAUAAACUUUUAGUCUAUGUUUUCAGAUUAUACCGGAAUAUAUGAAUAUUGGGAAAGUAAAACUUAACAGUUAAUGGGAAGACAGAAACAAGUCAUUCAAACAUGUAUUUAUCGAUCUAAUUAAUGAAAGAACGGUUCUUUUGAAAUUUGUUGACUGUCGUGACUAAGUUUUUGAACAUGCAGUUUAAAAUCCUCCAACAUUCGAUUAUUUGGAACUUAGAAGUGAGUUUUUCAAGUUAUGGCGGCAGCGAAUACGUCGUUAAUACAGUGUAGCUAGUCCUGAAAUCCUUCCUUGUGACUUGGAAUGAUCGAUGUCAAUUUUGUUCCUUGCUAAAGCACUAAAUGAACGUUCACGACUUGAAACAGAAACGGGUAAAGUGCAAAAUAUUCUCAAAACGAUAUUAUUUGGGAAAAAUCAAAUUCAAUAAGUUGCAUGGAGUAAGACGGGUUUCAAAAUUUGCAUCGUAAACGUGUUUGAGGUCAAUAGCUUAAUUGGACAACUUAUCAGACACAUCAACAAAAUAUUUUUUUGUAAAAUUUUUUGCAGCUGCGUUGAGCUCAUCUUUUUUCAUAUCAUGGAACUGUCAUAGAAAUGAGACCGAUUCGUUUAUGUCACUCACUGCGGUGAAUCUUCUCUUUAUUCCACAGAUAGCAUAUUUCUAACUUCAGCGUCGAUGGUGGCGUUGAUCUCUUCAAAUUUCUUUCAUUGAUUGACUGAACGAUUUUAAACCAUAUAGAGGCCAUCAAAACAUAUUCAUAUUUGCUCAUAUAUUUCAAAAUUCCAUUAACGUUUCGACGAGUUUCUGUCGUAAAAUUGAGUUUUAACUUUUUUCAAAGCGUUUAUCAAUAAGGAAAGAUUUUUCGCGAAUGGCUUGAUGGUUCUGGCAGACCUCCUUGUUUUAAAAAGACUGUUAAGUGAAUUAGAUAUUUUGGAUGUCAGAAUUUUUCAACGUUGCGUGCUGCUACUGAAAAUAUUGAUACAUUUUUGAACGACACCUAAAACAGUUAUUGGUCGAAGACAGAAUUAAGCCGAGUCGACUGCAACCAAAUUCAGCCUGUGGGCACCACAGGGCGAAAGAACUGCAUACUUAUUUUUACGUUGGUUGUGACUUUGCGCUCCUUAAUAUUUACAGCUCAUAUUACUACCAUUACUGUAGCCAUGUCUACGGCAAUCUUCCAAUGUUUUGCAAAUUAAAGCGGCAAUAGCUUUUUUAGCGUUCCUACACAUUCUUAAGGUAUUAUGCAUUCAUUUAAAAAAAAAAUCAAACAUAAAUUUUAAACUCUAUUCCACUUAAAAUGAGGUAGAAAGGUUAUUGCGAUUAAAAAACUUCCGUUGUAAAAUACUUCUAAUUAUGCCAUAAUUUUGCGUUAAAUCGCCGCCGUUAUCACACAUCGUUUUGAAUUAAAUUAUGGGUGUCCCUGUUUAAGCGAAAAAACCUUAGUAUAGUGGCGGAGUUGUAUUUCUCUACUCUGAACUUGGAGAACUUAUAUAAUAAUGAGGCUUUGAAUCGAUUUUUCCAGCCAAAGCUGCCUGUGAUACAGGCUUAGAACUUAAGAGUCAUUUCCUUAAUCGAUUGUGUGGAUAACCAAAACAUUAAUCACCUUGUAAGUGCUUUCGCGAAACAACGAGUUAACUAAAGCUAGUUAGCAGAAGAAUUUUUAUGUCGCAAAGGUUUAAUACAAUUGUAUUUUGGCAAAUUUUAGAAGUUCUGAACUUUCAAAAGUAUACCAGUGGCCUUUCCUCAACGCUAGUAAAAUGCUGUUGCUGCAAACUGAACCUUUAGUUUAAAAACUCGUCCAAUUAGCAUUCGAUUCAGUUUAUGUAACACUUUUUGCAUAUUAAAAUCCUCAAAACAUUGUACAACAUAUUCACAUAAGAACAUACAUAAAUACGUAUAGAUAUAUAAUACUUGCAUAAAUCCAUUCUAGAAUAGAAUGGGUAAUUUCUGUUUUUGUUGGGAGACACUUGACGGAGGAAUUUGCAAUUCGUUAAUAAGUAGAAAAAAAUAAUUGCAGCAUAGCCGACAACGAAACUUAAUAUGUUAUACAAUUCAUUUAAUUAACAUCCGCAAUUGUGUAAUUAUUGAUGCAUAGUAAAUAUGUAGAGAAUUAGUUUAAGUAUAGAUAUAAGGUCAGUAGGAAAUGAAUGAGACAUGUAAAACUGAUACAUCCCUUCACAUUAGGAUGUCCAUUUUCCCAAGUUAAUUGUGUUUCGGCACAAAAAUAUGGGUCCAGCGUAAAUAACAUGGGAUUUAUUGAUAUUUUGCAUUAAAGAAGAAAACCGACAACCUUGGAAAAAUGAUAUUUUAGUACAAAAUUUUCCACUCUACAAAACUGGUCCGAAUGAUUUUUUCGUAAAAACAUUCUUUUAAAUAUUAUACGCAGUUAAAGUUAUACAUCAAAUGAUCUAAGCGUUCAUACAAGUGAUUUGUACAUUCUGUGUUGCUCAUACGACAUGGUGUAACGUAUAUGUACUUGUAUAUAUAUGAAUACAGUACAUUUGAUGCAUAAUCUUAAAUAUGUAUAACUUUCAAAGCCUUAUUUGUAUGAAAAAAAUCAUUCCGACCUUUUUUGUGGAUUGGAAAAUUUUAUAUUCUAAUAUCACUGUUUUAAAUUGUGGAUUAAUUUGCUUUGGAGAUAAAAACUUUAUUGCAAAGGAUCAAAAAAUCCCAUAUAAAUAUAUAUAAAAUAUAUAGUAAACGUAAUUGGUAAUUUGGAACGGUUUAAAUUAAAAAUAAAGAGCUUGUUUACAUUGGACCCUUCCCUUUAGGGCAAAAACGGAAACUUCAGAGGGACGUAUUAAAAAACAAAUCAACUUGGGAAAUAACUGACACCCUACUUCCCAUGAACGUUAAAAAUAUUAUAGAGCUACAAUGUAGAUACUAGUACAUCUCUUACAUCACGUACAUAUUUACACAUGCAUGGUAUUUGAUUUAUUUGCAUUUAAGGAUCUACAUAUGGAAUUAUUCUACGAAUUAUUUAUAAUUGUCAUUUUCGAAUUAAGUGUAAUCAUGUAAGAAACAUUACAUUAUUUACAUUACUUUGUAUCUACAUAUACAUAUAUAUAUAUAUAUAUAUACAUAAAUGGCUCCAUUCACUAGUAAAUACAUUUAUGUGUACACACAUGUUAUGUGAAUAGGUAGAGUUCAUAAAAUUUAUAUUUAUAUUACCCUGGAUGUAUAUGUAGACAAUUACAUACAUACACACAUGUAUAAAUGCGCAAAAAUAUAAAUUCAUAUAUUUUCUGUACGAAAUAGCCAUCUAACAUAUAAAUACAGGUAUGUGUAUUAUAGUAUAAGUAGUAAAUGGAUUAACAAUUGAAUAUAACAUAUAUAUAAAUAUAUAUAUAUAUAUUUGUAUAUAUAUAUAUAAUAUACAUAGUAUAUUUACUUACAUAUAUGUAUAUACAUAUUGCACUUGCAAGUGCGGGUUUUGUUGUAAAACAAUAAUAACAAAUAAACAAAUGCAAUAUUUCCCUUGAUGUGUGAAAUAUAUUGGUUGUGGUAUUUGCUAUAUGAGACGAUUAAGCAUAAAUUUUUUCCUGAAGAACUUAUUAAUAAAUACCAGCUGAGCCCCCAAAUUAAAA